UAACAACUAAAUUUGCAUUAAUUCCUAACAAUACUUUUUAAACAUUUAAGAUAACCACUAACUCAAUAACAAAAAUAUACCAAAAAGUGUUAGCAAUAAUGGCGGAAACACCACCUCCAAAGCUUCCAUGGAAGUCUCGACUUCUUAUCCGUCUCUUUUCCUCAGCCUCUUUCAUAAGUCGCCGUUCAAACAUCACUGUCAAUCGUUUCUUAAUCAGUUUCUUCGACCCAAAAAUCCCUUCUUCUUCUAAACCACACAACGGCGUUUCCACUUACGACGUCGUUUUCGACCAUUCUCGUAAUCUCUGGUUUCGCUUCUUUCUUCCUUCUUCUUCUUCUUCUUCUUCAUCUGAUGGUGUUACACUCCCCGUCGUCGUUUACUAUCACGGUGGCGGGUUCGUGUUCUUUUCGCCUGAUUCGAUGGCUUACGAUGAUCUUUGUCGGAGACUGGCGCGUGAGUUAGGUGCGGUGGUUGCGUCUGUUAAUUAUCGACUUUCUCCGGAACAUCGUUUCCCAAUUCCUUAUGAAGAUGGAUUUGAUGCUUUGAAAUUUCUUGACACUAUGGAUAAUAAUUCGGAUUUUGGUGGUUUUCCGGUGAAAUUGGAUGUUAGUCGGUGUUUUCUCGCCGGUGAUAGUGCUGGCGGCAACCUCGCUCACCACGUCGCACUUAGAUCCGGUGGCUACGACUUCAAGAAGGUGAAGAUCAAAGGGUUAAUUGCAGUACAACCACUUUUUGGAGGAGAAGAGAGAACUAAUUCAGAGAUUCAAUUUAAGGAAUCGCCAAUGUUGACUUUGGAAGAAACAGAUUGGUCUUGGAAAGCGUUUUUGCCAAAUGGAUCAAGCAGAAACCACCCGGCAGCGCACGUGUUCGGAGCCAGUGGUGUUCGAGACAUAUCGAGCGCAACAUUUCCACCGACGCUUUUGAUCGUGGGAGGACGAGACCCUUUACGAGAUUGGGAGAGAAGGUAUUACGAGUGGUUGAAAGAGGGUGGAAAAGAAGUUGAUUUGGUUGAAUAUCCAAACGCCAUUCAUGGAUUUUAUGCAGUUCCUGAGCUCAAGGAGUGUUCAUUGCUAAUUAAAGAUGCAGUUGAUUUCAUGCACAAACAUAUGCCACUUUAAAUCGGAAAAUUAGCUUUCUUCUAUUUCUUUGUGUUUUUCUUAAGAGUUUAUGUUCAUGUAUGUAAUUUUGUUAAGAGUUUGGAUAAGUUUAACCCAAAAACAGAAAGUUGAAAUUUUGGUCUGAUUUUGAAAUUUGGUUUUGUCUAUAGAUUUGAACUUUUAGCGAU